AUGCCUGAGAUAUUAAAACAAAUGUCCACAGUGAAGUUUCUAAAUUUUACGCCGCCCCAAGAGACCAUCUGAAACCCAGCCUUCACUCCUAGUGACUGUGAGGCUCACAGAGGAGAUUCUGGAGACCCACUUCCACCCCUCCAGAUUUUGUGGGAGGACGUGAUCUCUCUUGAGAGGGCAGAAGACGCAGGUUCUUUUCAUUUAAACACAAGGAGAUUUGUCAGUAAAGGCUGGAGAGAGUCUAUCUCCACACCUCCCUCUGGGGAGUGGAUACACAAGCAGUCUCCCGAGCUAGGUUCCUGCCUGGAGAGCUCACCUGGACAAUUCACCGCCUUAGACACCUGGGCUUCUCCUCCCCACCACGCUGUGCCUCAUUUCUGUCUUUGUGAAAUGGGGAAAACAACGGAUCUGCCUGAAUAUGGUGUUAAAGAGGAAAAUGGGUGAAUACAUAACCCCCCUUAGUAAACGUCAACAAUUUAUGACAUCAUUCUGUUAUUGGAACGCCGAACGCAUGAAGAGAAUGUGGCUCCAGCAUAAGAGACUUAACCAUGACAUUCGGAGAACACGGUUCCCUGUCUCUUCUUUCACAGGCGUUUGACUGUCCUCCUGAGCAUGAGUCAGAUUGGUGUGCUACAGAGCAGGAUGACUGAGAAAUGUCUUUAUAAUGGACCUCGAUUUAUUUUUCUGAUACAUCUUUGUGUAAGAAUGUGAAAACUGCCCCCCAAAUGGCCUCUGUUUAUUUACAUCUUGCUCCUCCUGAGAGCAGGCGACUCUGCAGGAAAAUGAGCUUCCCUUUGACAUUAGAACUCGGGAACCAGCUGGGUGGCUGUCAGGAGGAUUGGGGUCACAGGGAGGACCGCAGCCAAGGUCCUGCUUUUAGGGGAAGGCAAGUGAUACCUAUUCUCCACACAUGGCUGAGACACUUUGCCAGUAUGUCUUAAGCUGAGAAUUCGAAAUAUUUUCCUAGUUAUGCAGAAUAAUUCUCAAGGACAUCGUCAGAUUGGACCAGCUCUCAGAGCAUAAAAUAGAAAAUGUAAGCUAUUUAAUCACUUUUGUUAGAAGCAGUCUUAAGGACAAUUCAACAUGUGAGAGAAGACAGAUUUUAUGGGUUAUGUCUGUUUGAAAAUAGUAGCUCAAGGGAUGUGAAGAAGUUGGAGUUUAACUACUGUCAGUGGUCUUAGACACCUACAGGUAUUUCACAUGAGCUGGUGUUGCAGUUCUAGGUUUCUUCUGGGGAUGAGAAGGAAGUACAGGAAUUGGACAAUAAUCUAAGCUUCACUCACAGAGACUGUGCUUAUGAAGGUGACAGUACCUGGUGAAGAAAUCAGAAGUUGAUCUACUUGAAAUACCAGCUGCUUUGAGGCACUGGAGGCGGCUAGAGAGGAAUAUAUUCAGGGCUGAGCACUCCCGUCACACAGGCUUGCAGACUGCCUGCCCAGCUCCUCCAGGAACACGGGACUUCCAGACCACAUCCGGCCACCAUGAGUUCCCUCGGUGAAGCAGUCAUCCACCUUGCAAUCGAUCUGUUCCACCAGAUCAGAAAAUCAGAGAAGGAAAACAUCUUCCUGUCCCCUUUCAGUAUCUCGUCAGCCUUAGCCAUGACUUACUUAGGGGCCCGAGAAAACACCGCAUCAGAAAUGCAGAAGGUCCUUCACUUCAAUGAAAUCACAGAGAACCCAAGAGGAAGAGCUACAAGAAAUCUCGUUGAAAAGCCAGGAAAAGUUCAUCAUCACUUUCAAAAGCUUCUGAUGGAAUUAAAGAAAUCCACUGAUGCCUAUGAGCUGAGUGUUGCCAACAGGCUCUAUGGAGAAAAGGAGUUUCCAUUUCUCCAGGAAUACAUGGAUAAUGUUAAGAAAUUUUAUCUAGCCAGUGUGGAAUCUGCUGAUUUUAAAAAUGCUGCAGAGGAAAGUCGAAAGCUGAUUAACUCCUGGGUGGAGAGCCAAACCAAUGAAAAAAUCAAAGAUCUGUUUCCCGAAGACUCUCUCGACAGCUCUACUGCUCUGGUUCUGGUGAACGCCGUCUAUUUCAAAGGGCAGUGGAACCAGGAAUUUAACAAAGAAAAUACUGUGGAGGAAAAGUUUUGGUUGAACAAGGAUACAAGCAAACCUGUGCAGAUGAUGAAACAAGCCAAUCAUUUCAAUUUCGUGUCACUGGAAGACGUGCAAGCCAAGAUCCUGGAAAUCCCGUACAAAGGCGAAGAGCUAAGCAUGAUGGUGCUGCUGCCCAAUGAAGUAGAUGGUCUGCAGGAGCUUGAAGACCAGCUCUCUGCUCAGAACCUAAUAGAGUGGACGAGCCCACAGAAUAUGGGGAAGAGACAAGUGGAUUUAUACCUGCCUCGGUUUAAAGUGGAAGAGAGAUAUGACCUCGUGCCCACACUGCAAGCCCUGGGGAUGGUGGACGCCUUCCGUGAUGGGGUGGCUGAUUUCUCGGGCAUGACCGGGAGACGUGAUCUGGUGGUGUCGACGGUCGUCCACAAGUGCUUUGUGGAGGUGACCGAGGAGGGCACGGAGGCCGCAGCUGCUACCGGCGUAGAAAUUACUGUAAGAGCAGGAAGAAAUUCUGAGAGUUUCUGCUGCAAUCACCCUUUCCUGUUCCUCAUCAAGCACAUCAAGACCAACAGCAUCCUCUUCUGUGGCCGAGUCUCUUCCCCUUAGACGUCCUUGGCCAGCGGCCACACUCGGGGACAUUCACAGAGCUGUUCCUGGAGCUUGAAUGCUGAUGUAACAAUCUCCCUUGGAUUUAUUUUCCUUUCCAACCUUAUAGUCAUCUCUAAGAAUAUAAUCGCUGAAAGAGCAUGUCUGUCCUUCUCCCUCUUUCCACAAACACAUGUAAACCUACUCAUGGAAACUCCCAUUUGGACAAAAUGUUCAACAUAUGAUAAAAGGAUAUGUCAAUAUUAUAUCUUCACCUAACUUUGAAAUAAUAUAUCUGCUGUUUCAAAAAUCACAUCUACUAUUCAAGUCUACUCAGCUAGACCUCCACAUUUAUUUGCGUUUAAGUGAUAUGGGGGACGCUUACAAGCUGAAAAUGUUUGCUCUUAUUAAACAGGUGAUCAAUAAAACAGUACUUUUUCAGUUUA